AUGUCCCAUUUGCUUUCUGGGCUAUCCAAGUCUGAACUGGAUGAAGUGUUGCAAGAAUGGGAUGUGCACUGUUGUCCCUUCUGUGUGACUGCUGGAGCAUCUGUGGAGUACCGGGGCAUGCGCACUGGAGAGGAGAGGCUGAUGGAUAUGGAGGAAGAUCAGAAGGCGAUUGAGGCAGAGAUCAAUGCAAAGCGAGGAAAGACGGAUGCAUUGGCUGCUGCUCUUUCUGAACAUAAUCACGCGGUAUCCAUGGCUGAAGCAGGAACCGAAAUGCAUGACCACACAUCCUCCUCUGCUGCAGACCUAUCCAACGAGGAGGAGCAGAGAGCAAUUGAAGAGGAGAUCAGAAGAAUCCAGGAGCAGGAGGCGUACGCUGCGAGCCUGGUUGAUAUGGACGAGCAGAGGAUGAUAGAAGCAGAGAUUCAACUGCGCCGGGAAGAGGAAGCAUAUCAUGCGCUUCUAGCUGGCCAGAUAGCAGCGCUGGAUGACCCUGCUAGCCCGUCUCCAGCAGUACCACCCAACGGCUCUGACAACCCCCCUGCUUCCACCUCAGCAGCACAAGCAGCUGGUUCUAAUGGCACAGACGCUACAUCAGUUGCCGCUGCUUCUUCUGCUGCUGCUUCUGCUGCUGCUUCUGCUGCUGCCGGUGCUAUUGUGGAAUUAUCGGACGACAGUGAAGAUUCUGACCAGGAAGUUGAUGAGGAUCAAGAGGAGGCGUCAUCAUCGUCAGCACUAGCAGUGGCGAAUGCAGACUCUGUACCAUCAGGCUCAAAUGAUUCUGCAACAUUACCAGCACCAGCAGCUGCAAGUGUACCUGCUUAG